AUGUCUCGUCACCACCCCGAUCUCGUCAUGUGCCGCAAGACCGCAGGCAUCUCCAUCGGCCGACUCUGCGACAAAUGCGACGGCAAAUGCCCCGUCUGCGACUCUUACGUGCGACCGACGACCCUGGUGCGAAUCUGCGAUGAGUGCGCCUUUGGGAACUACCAGAACAAGUGUGUCGUGUGCGGUGGCGAGGGCAUCUCGGACGCAUUCUACUGCUUCGAAUGUACGCGUCUGGAGAAGGACAGAGACGGGUGUCCCAAGAUCAUCAACCUGGGCAGUUCGAGGACGGAUCUGUUCUACCAGAAGAAAAACUUCCGAAAUCAUUGA